AUGAAGUCACAACUCUCAAAUGUUGAAGUAGAGCCUGUGCCAGUUGAGGAAGAUGAAUUGUUAAAUAGGAAAGUUGUGAGUGCUGAUGUGAAAGAGAAUGUAAUAGACGAAAAUGAAAAUAUUCUUCCAAAGACAUCAACUUCAAGGCUAGAAGAAUUACAAGACAAGGCAGAUGAUGUCCAACUAGUUCCAUCAAAUAACUAUGAUAUUGGUUUAAUUAAGGAAUUAUUUUGCACUGCUGAACAAAUAGAAAAAUUUGUUCAUCAUGGACCCAUUGCUUACCCAACAAAAUUUCCAAAAGAUGCAUUGCCUAAAUCAUUUCCGCGCACGUUAUUUCACAUUGCCAUGCCAAAUGGCGAAAAAAUUCCACGAGAUUGGCUAACGUGGAGUGAGACGAAGAAUGCACUUUACUGUUUUCCCUGCCGACUUUUCUCUAAAAUGCCAGAAACCCAUCGAUCGGCAUUAUUUCUGCCAACAGGAUAUUCCAAGCCCAAGGACAAUAAAUGGAAGAAACUUUAUGAAAAAAUUUCUCAUCAUCAAUCCAGCAGUGGGCAUAAGAUGUGUUAUGUAGAAUGGAGACGAUUAGAAGAAAAUCUCAGAGAUAAUACAACUAUCAAUUUUCUACUAAAUGAUAAUAUAAAGACAGAAGUGGAAAGAUGGAGGCAAAUACUUCGUAGAGUAUUAGAUGUUAUCUUGUUUUUGGGUUAA